CCGAGUCAGAGACACCCGGGUACCAGUCGCGAAACACGCAUACUGCGGAUCCCACCAUGAAGUUUGUCGUUCUCGCCGCCGUGAUGGCCGUGGUCGCCGCCCGUCCCCAGGACGCCCCGGAGGUGGCCAUCGUCCGCAUGGACAGCACCCAGGGCGAGGACGGCUCGUUCCAGUAUGCCUACGAGACGAGCGACGGCACCAACGCAGAGGUCACCGGCGAGUCGAAGCAGAUCGGCGAAGAGGUCGGCACUGUGAUGCGUGGCUCCUACAGCUUCGUCGGUGACGACGGCGUCACCUACACCGUCAACUGGGUGGCCGACGAGAACGGCUUCCAGGCUCAGGGCGAUCACCUGCCGGUGGCUCCGACUGCCUAGAUCACCUCUUGACCUGUGUGAACUGUUGACCAGCGCGGAAUGGAGCACUUUACUGUUCUGCCUCUUUGCGCUACGGCUCUUGUGUAAAUAUGCCGCACAGUGUGGUACUGAAUCAUCCCCAUACUUUCAUUGUCGUGUCUGUGAAUGACACUGGCGGUAUACGUUUUUGUUCCUUGCGACAUCACUGGAAAAUACACAACCAUGAGAAAGAGU